ACAGGGCCUGGUUAGUGACGAGUAAGAAAAAAAAACCACUCUAAAGCUUGUUCGGUUUGUUUAAGGUUACUCAGUUUUUCUUUUUUAAAUAUACAUGUAUACAUACAAACCAGAAGAUUUUUGUGACCUUGCACAAAAAUUUCCGACAUUCUUUGACUCUCGGUAAAAGCCAGGAUGUCGUUGUUCGAGAAACUGUUUGGUAGCAGUGGCAAAGGAGGUAAAGCUCCCAGCCCUCAAGAGGCUAUCCAGCGACUUCGAGAGACAGAGGAGAUGUUGACGAAAAAACAAGAAUUUUUGGAAAAAAAGAUUGAACAAGAACUCCUCACGGCAAAGCGAAACGGGACAAAAAACAAAAGGGCUGCACUACAAGCAUUGAAGCGCAAGAAGCGAUAUGAAAAGCAGUUGGCUCAGAUCGAUGGAACGUUGUCCACCAUUGAGUUCCAGAGGGAGGCACUGGAGAAUGCCAACACUAACACUGAGGUCAUCAAGAACAUGGGCUUUGCUGCUAAGGCCAUGAAAGCUGCUCAUGAUGACAUGGACAUAGACAAAGUUGACGAACUUAUGCAGGACAUCACGGAGCAGCAGGAGUUGGCACAAGAAAUCUCCGAUGCAAUUUCAAAGCCUGUUGGGUUUGGCGAGGAGUUUGAUGAGGAUGAGUUGCUCGCUGAAUUGGAGGAGUUGGAACAGGAAGAGCUAGAUAAGAACCUGCUUGAGAUUGGAGACAAGGAGAAUGUACUGCUGCCAAAUGUACCCUCCAUAUCCCUACCUUCUAGACCAGCAGCAAAGAAGAAAGAAGAGGAGGACGAUGAUGACAUGAAGGACCUGGAGGCUUGGGCAGCCAAUUAAUACCUGCUGUUGGUCACAAAAAGAUACUCCAUCACAUGUAAACAGUUGCAAGUGGCUGAACCAGACACAUUUGGUGGUUUUAGUUUUGAAAUUUUUUAGACUGGUGAAUAUGACAAAAAUAAAAAAAUGCUGAAACUAUGAAAUACUAAUAGGAAAGAUGGUAAUACUCAGAAUGCAUCCUGCCAGACUUUAAGAAUUUCAGAACAAGUUUUAUUAUUUAUCAAGCAUGACAUAGUUGAAACUUGAGAGACUGGGUUGGCCAAAUAUAAUAUAUGUAAUUUUUUUUUCCUACCCAUAUGCAUAACAAGGCUACAGUUAUCCUUAUAAAUAAGAACCCCUUUGUUUUGGGAAAGGAGGAUCCAGAGGGAAGUUUGUUUGAUUACCAUCUCAAUUUUUAAUCAACAUUUAAGAAUUUUAAAUGCCCCUAAUUCAGACUCAUGCAAUUUUAUAUCAUGUAUGAUUUAACUGUUUAACCAACAUUGUAAAAGCCUUGGCUUCCUAUCUGGUGACUUUAAUUGUAUAAUGGAUGCCACUUUAGAUAAAUCAUCCUCUGCUAAGAUAUCUAUAAUCCUAAAUCAAGUGUACUUAAGUUUAUGUACAGACGUUGGGUUUGUGGAUGUAUGGCAACAAACCCUACAAUGAGAUUAUACAUUUUAUUCAUAUCCAUAUAACUUUGUACUCUAAACUCUAUUUCUUCAUUCCCAAUAACUUUAUGUCAAAGUCCAAGAUUGUUUGUUUUAUAGAUUUUAUUGUCCUGUCUGGUCAUGCCUCUCUACAGUUACAUGUAGUCCCACCAUCUCGUAUACCUAAAACUCCAGUUUGGAAAUUCAAUACAGCAAUUGUAAAUAGUGAUUCCUCCUGUACAUUUGUUCAGGAAAAUGUAUUUUAAUUCUGGCUUGAUAAAAAUCCCCAGUGUCUCCAGCUACUGUAUGGGAAUGUAGCUAUAGCCACCCACAUGGUCAUCUUAUUUCUUACACAUCAGAAUAAAGUUAAGAAGUUAAUAAAGUCAAAUCUUAAGAAGUAAAAGGUUUGACAUGCUGCUAAAGAAAAAGGAGAGCUGCUUGAAGCUAACAGAGCUUGGAAAUCUAUUUUCCUCCAAAACACUAGGGGGCAAAAUUUCUGAGAUUUAUUCAUGACUUUUGUAUUCAGACUCCAUCUUAGAAUACCUUAAAUGCAAUAUGGAAACAUGAGCUGGAGAUGACUGUUAAUCCUGCAGAUUGGAAUGAUGUUUGUAAUGGAAUUUUUCCCAAGUGUAUUUCAAUCUCCAUAUAUGAACAAAAUGUUUUGUUUUUGUUUUUUCCCUCCAUAGGACAUUUUACACCAGUUUCCUAAUACCUCAAAUCUCUGUUAUAAAUGUAAAUCUCAUAUAGUACACUUUUUUUUUUCUAUUUGUUUUGGUCCUGUGACUUUAAACAGAAGUUCUGGAAAAAAGUUCAUUCUGUGAUCCAAGAUAUUAUUGAGGAGCAAUUUGUCUCCCAUCAUUUAUCUACUGAAUCAUCUCUGAUGAUAUUUUUACAGUGGACAUCAGAUCUAUGCUUAUCGUUCUCUUCUAUUUGGCCAAAAAAAAUUAUUUUGCUUCUUUGGUCUACCCCUCCUGUCCCGACUGUCUACAUGUGGGCAUCACAGAUAUCAGCCCUUCUCCCAAUAAAACGAACAUCUGAAUCACAAAUCGGGCAAAUUCUUGAGACAUUAGAGUACUUUGUGUUCUUAUUUGCAAAGACCUGUAGAGUAAAUGUCAUUUGUUUUGUUUGCAUUUCUAUGUUGUAGCAUUGUGGGAUGGGGAGGGGACAGGGAGAUUCUAUUUUAUUUUUUAUAUCAUUAUUUAGCUACUAUUAUUACUUUGAUUGGAACAUUUUGGUUUGUUUUAGUUUAUUUAUGAUGUGCAUUAGUUUGUUGAAAUACCAGUAAAAUUAUUUUAAAAAAGCACUGAAUUUUUCUUGAAGUGUUUUGUAACAACUUUUGAAACAUGCAUUGUGAAUAACACUUUUCUGAUAUGCUUGUCUAAGCAUGAAUCUGAAUGACUGACUGAUAUUUAAUGCUACAAAUGAUCUCAUGAUUUAUGAGAGCGUUCUAGAUUCACAAGGAAUAAUGUUUGCUUUAAGUAUGAAUGUGUGUUGCAAAAGUGUGUAAAGUAUGCCUCUGGGGAUACAGAUUUAUUUAAUAUUUUAUUUUUGCAGUGUGUGUUAUGCCUCUGGGUUCAUCCUGGUACAUCUGGUUAUGUUUUUCUUAGGAUUUCUCUUGUUCAAGUAAAUUUAUAAGCAGUAAUUUAUGUGACACUUGUAUGGCAUUAAUAUUUAUUGACAGUGUUUAUGUGCAAAACUAUUCAUUUUUUGCUGGUAAAUGCAGCGGUCUUCUUUCCCAUUUUAUAGCCACCCCAUUUUGCAUUCUCUUGACAUGCCUUUCCUUUUAUACAUGCCUAAAGUAAAGGUUUUGUGAAAUGA